UCCGCUGGGGUUCCGGGUUGAUGGCUGUCUGUUCCUGAGAGUGACUUCUGCUGUUCAGGAUGCUGCUGGUUCUGUCUGAAGAACAUAAAGAACACCUCGCCUUCCUACCGAAGGUGGACACAACAGUGGUUGGAGAAUUUGGUCGCAUAGCGUUGGAGUUCCUAAGGAAAGGAACUAGCCCUAAGAUUUACGAGGGAGCAGCCAGAAAACUGUGUGUUUCAGUAGAAAUAAUACAGCAUGGAGUGGAAGGCCUGAUGUUUCUGAUGUUAGAGAGCUCCAAACACAUGCUCACUGAAGUGGAUUUCUUGGACUCAGUCUUGGUGUUGGGGUUUGAUGAGGAGCUUAACCAGAUCCUCUUACAGCUCUACCUGAAACACCACAGUCAAAUCCGCAGCAUCCUGAGUCAUCUGCCUUCCAAUCUGCCUGCCUAUCACAACCUGGAAUGGAGACUGGAUGUACAGUUGGCUAGUCGUUCGUUCCGUCAGCAGGUGAUUCCCAUGCUGACAAUGCGUCUGAUCCUGACAAGAGGUUGUGUCAGCCACAGUGAUUACAGCAGCAGGGUGCUUCAAACAGAUCCCAGCACCCUCCUAUAUCUCAUCUCCACACUGGAGGCAGCUCUGGCUGCCAUUAAAACAAGUCAUGCUCGCCGCAUAUUGCGCAACAUCAAAUAAUCCUCCCAGAUUCUGAUUUCUGUGAAACAUAUUACUCCUGCCACCUGCAGAACACCAAAUUGCCUUUAUGCCUACAAAGCAUAAUCAGUGUUUUUCAGUGCAGUGUGUAUUGAAGACUGUUUUUUUUUCUUUUCUUUUCUUUUGUUCUGUCCUUGGAUGUUUACUUAGGCUUUUGACAACCUACUAACAAAGAGUCAGAGUUUUAUUACUCCUGGAGUCAGGUUUUGUGCCAAAUUGUAUUGACUUUGUUAUAUGCAAUGUUUCUACAGUGCUGUUGAUAUUGCAUUAAAGUGUGAGACUAAUGAUUCCAA